AUGUAUUUCUUCGGAUUGUCCAAGGAAGAAGUGUUGUCACAGAAACAUGUUGUAUCAUAUAAAGAGACUUCUAAGCAGAAUCCUAUCAAUAUGGUCACUCUAUUUGGGAAACAGGUGUAUCAGAAAAGCGAGAGCUCCAAUUGCAGUGAUGGAUAUAUGAAAAGAAACUCCUCUAAGCUGCUGAUGAAAGACAUUGAUCUUCGUCUCCCUGCAGAUCACUACACUUGUAAUAACUUUCAUGAGACAGUUGGUUCUCGCAAUGUUUACGGCAUUGGAGCCGUAGAGAGGGGAUUGCAUUCAGCGUUUGAAGCUAAUAAGGCAAAACAAGCAUUAGCCACAAACUGGAGUGGCAAGAGAAACCCAAGAAUUGUUAUUGAUCUUGAAGAAGAACCUCCCACAACAGAGCAUCAUGCAGACUCUGUUAGCUACGUUACUAUGAAAAACCCUGAAACAAUGCCGUCGUUCUUGACUGAUCGGAUCAGCUCAAACACAGUGAAGCCGGCGGAUCAAUCUCUCGUUGAGGAUGAGAGUAGUGAUAAGACAACUAACAUGGAGUCAUGUUUACUUGAUCUUAAUGAAACCCCGGCUGAUGAUGAGUUGGUUUCAGAGCCACACUACUGUUUCUUGCAAGAUCUCAACUGUCCGUAUAUCGAAGAAGAGACGGAAACGAGCUGCGAGAAGAGCGGAGUAGAUGAUGGUCCUACGCCGCUUAGCUCUCCUACAUGCCAGAACGUCCAUGAGAAAGAUGGUACAGCAUCUCCAGCUUCAUACACUUCUUGCUGCACCACUGAAAACAACUCGAGGACUGAGUCAAGAAUGGAGCCUUCUUGCCGCACCAGGCUUGAGUUUCCUGUCACGGAAGAAGAAGUCUUACUGGAGAAUGGAUGUUGUAGUGAGGAGGAAGAAGAAGAGUCGUCUGAAAUGAUUCAAAUGGCUGCUGAGUCACUAGUUCGCAUUUCGGUGGUUUCAUAUCAAAAUCAAGACUUGCAAUCAAAGCCAGUGUCAAGAACCAACAGCUCAUCUCAAGAUCAAGACUUUCCAGAUAAACCAGGAUGCGGUUCCUGCGAUUCGUAUGAGCUACACACGUUAGGAAUAAGCGAAACCAACACUGAAGAAGAUUUCUGUGUGACAUCAAUGGCUCAAGAUGAGCUUAAUAACAUGACGAGAGAUAACAACAAGAAAGAGAUUGGACUCAAGCUGAGAAGAGGGAGGAGAAUGAAGAACUUCCAGAAGGAGAUACUCCCUAGCUUAACGUCGCUCUCUAGGCACGAGAUACGCGAAGACAUGAACAUCUUGGAAGCGGUUUUGAGGUCAAGAGAGUACAAGAAGAUGCAGGGGAAGACUAAAGAUGUGAAAUUUGGAGCAAACCAGAGAAACAAACGUUCAGCGACACAGAGGUACGUUGGUAAAAGAAGGCGAAAAACAGAGUGA